AAAUCAAUGGUUUCCACAUCUGUCUGUGCCUCUAUCUGGAGGCCAGGUAGGGCUGGCCUUGGGGGAGGGGGAGGCCAGAAUGACUCCAAGAGCUACAGGAAGGCAGGUCAGAGACCCCACUGGACAAACAGUGGCUGGACUCUGCACCAUAACACACAAUCAACGGGGGAGUGAGCUGGAUCCUUAUUUCUGGUCCCUAAGUGGGUGGUCUGGGCUUGCUGGGGAGGAGCUGAGGCCGGAGAGGAGGUACUGAAGGGGAGAGUCCUGGACCUUGGGCAGCAAAGGGUGGGACUUCUGCAGUUUCUGUUUCCUUGACUGGCAGCUCAGCGGGGCCCUCCCGCUUGGAUGUUCCGGGAAAGUGAUGUGGGUAGGACAGGCGGGGCGAGCCGCAGGUGCCAGAACACAGAUUGCAUAAAAGGCUGGGGGCUGGUGGGGAGCAGGGGAAGGGAAUGUGACCAGGUCUAGGUCUGGAGUUUCAGCUUGGACACUGAGCCAAGCAGACAAGCAAAGCAAGCCAGGACACGCCAUCCUGCCCCAGGCCCAGCUUCUCUCCUGCCUUCCAACGCCAUGGGGAGCAAUCUCAGCCCCCAACUCUGCCUAAUGCCCUUCAUCUUGGGCCUCUUGUCUGGAGGUGUGACCACGACUCCAUUGUCUUUGGCUCGGUCCCAGGGAUCCUGCUCUCUGGAGGGGAUAGAGAUCAAAGGUGGCUCCUUCCGACUUCUCCAAGACGGCCAGGCACUGGAGUACGUGUGUCCUUCUGGCUUCUACCCGUACCCUGUGCAGACACGUACCUGCAGAUCUACGGGGUCCUGGAGCACCCUGCAGACUCAAGACCAAAAGACUGUCAAGAAGGCAGAGUGCAGAGCAAUCCGCUGUCCAAGACCACACGACUUCGAGAACGGGGAAUACUGGCCCCGGUCUCCCUACUACAAUGUGAGUGAUGAGAUCUCUUUCCACUGCUAUGAUGGUUACACUCUCCGGGGCUCUGCCAAUCGCACCUGCCAAGUGAAUGGCCGGUGGAGUGGGCAGACAGCGAUCUGUGACAACGGAGCGGGGUACUGCUCCAACCCGGGCAUCCCCAUUGGCACAAGGAAGGUGGGCAGCCAGUACCGCCUUGAAGACAGCGUCACCUACCACUGCAGCCGGGGGCUUACCCUGCGUGGCUCCCAGCGGCGAACGUGUCAGGAAGGUGGCUCUUGGAGCGGGACGGAGCCUUCCUGCCAAGACUCCUUCAUGUACGACACCCCUCAAGAGGUGGCCGAAGCUUUCCUGUCUUCCCUGACAGAGACCAUAGAAGGAGUCGAUGCUGAGGAUGGGCACAGCCCAGGGGAACAACAGAAGCGGAAGAUCGUCCUGGACCCUUCAGGCUCCAUGAACAUCUACCUGGUGCUAGAUGGAUCAGACAGCAUUGGGGCCGGCAACUUCACAGGAGCCAAAAAGUGUCUAGUCAACUUAAUUGAGAAGGUGGCAAGUUAUGGUGUGAAGCCAAGAUAUGGUCUAGUGACAUAUGCCACAUACCCCAAAAUUUGGGUCAAAGUGUCUGAACCAGACAGCAGUAAUGCAGACUGGGUCACGAAGCAGCUCAAUGAAAUCAAUUAUGAAGACCACAAGUUGAAGUCAGGGACUAACACCAAGAAGGCCCUCCAGGCAGUGUACAGCAUGAUGAGCUGGCCAGAUGACAUCCCUCCUGAAGGCUGGAACCGCACCCGCCAUGUCAUCAUCCUCAUGACCGAUGGAUUGCACAACAUGGGCGGGGACCCCAUUACUGUCAUUGAUGAGAUUCGGGACUUGCUAUACAUUGGCAAGGAUCGCAAAAACCCAAGGGAGGAUUAUCUGGAUGUCUAUGUGUUUGGGGUCGGGCCUUUGGUGAACCAAGUGAACAUCAAUGCUUUGGCUUCCAAGAAAGACAAUGAGCAACAUGUGUUCAAAGUCAAGGAUAUGGAAAACCUGGAAGAUGUUUUCUUCCAAAUGAUUGAUGAAAGCCAGUCUCUGAGUCUCUGUGGCAUGGUUUGGGAACACAGGAAGGGUACCGACUACCACAAGCAACCAUGGCAGGCCAAGAUCUCAGUCACUCGCCCUUCAAAGGGACACGAGAGCUGUAUGGGGGCUGUGGUGUCUGAGUACUUUGUGCUGACAGCAGCACACUGUUUCACUGUGGACGACAAAGAACACUCGAUCAAGGUCAGCGUGGGAGGGAAGAAGCAGGACCUGGAGAUAGAAGAAGUCCUAUUUCACCCCAACUACAACAUUAAUGGGAAAAAAGAAGCAGGAAUUCCUGAAUUUUAUGACUAUGACGUUGCCCUGAUCAAGCUCAAGAAUAAGCUGAAUUAUCACCAGACUAUCAGGCCCAUUUGUCUCCCCUGCACCGAGGGAACAACUCGAGCUUUGAGGCUUCCUCCAACUACCACUUGCCAGCAACAGAAGGAAGAGCUGCUCCCUGCACAGGAUAUCAAAGCUCUGUUUGUGUCUGAGGAGGAGAAGAAGCUGACUCGGAAGGAGGUCUACAUCAAGAAUGGGGAUAAGAAAGGCAGCUGUGAGAGAGAUGCUCAAUAUGCCCCAGGCUAUGACAAAGUCAAGGACAUCUCGGAGGUGGUCACCCCUCGGUUCCUUUGUACUGGAGGAGUGAGUCCCUAUGCUGACCCCAAUACUUGCAGAGGUGAUUCUGGCGGCCCCUUGAUAGUUCACAAGAGAAGUCGUUUCAUUCAAGUUGGUGUAAUCAGCUGGGGAGUAGUGGAUGUCUGCAAAAACCAGAAGCGGCAAAAGCAGGUACCUGCUCACGCCCGAGACUUUCACAUCAACCUCUUCCAAGUGCUGCCCUGGCUGAAGCAGAAACUCCAAGAUGAGGAUUUGGGUUUUCUAUAAGGGGUUUCCUGCUGGACAGGGGCGUGGGAUUGAAUUAAAAUAGCUGCGACAACA